AUGACGUCACCGGCCCUUCGCAAGUCGUUUAAGUCCGAUCCGGCGCCUUCUUCCCUGUCCGCAGCCUCGUCACCCUCGCCCGCCUCCCACUCCCCACUAACAUCCUUCUCACACCCUCCCUCCUCCCUCCACCCUCAAUCCUCCGCGGCGCCCUCCUCUCUCUCCGCUGGCACUCCUGCCGGUAUUUUUGCGGCGAUAGAAAGGCGAUCCGUCUCCGCACUCGACGCCGCAAUCACCGCGUGGCGCCAGCGCACGGGCAGCGUGGAGGGGUCCUCCGAUCCUGGCAGCGGCGGCGCGGCAGCAGCGGGAGCGGCGCGGGUGAAGCUCGACGAGGCGCUUAGCGGGCUGCGGUCUAGUCGUGGGGUAACGGUGCUGCACGCGGCGGUGUGGCAGAACCACGUGGGUGCGGUGGAGCGACUGCUGGAGCUGGGGUGCGACCCCGACGCCGCGGUGAGGCCCAGGGGCCACGGCAUGGCAGCACGCGCAAUGAGGGGUCGUCAUGGAAGGCUUAUCGCAUGUUCCCAGCUCCCAGCACUCUGUGACCGCGCGGCUGUCAUUCACGCGCUGACCGCUCGCUUGCCGUCACCAUGCGCCCUCAUUGUCGAUCCGUUCCAUUCCGUCCCCUACACGAUAUGUUCCGCGGUCCCGCCCCGCAGGACGGCGAGUCGGGGUGGACGGCGCUGCACCGCGCGUGUCACUUCGGGCACUGGGCGGUCAUGGGCCGCCUGCUCGCGCACAACGCCUCGCUCUCCGCGCUCGACGCGCUGGGCCGCACGCCGCUGCACCUGCUGCCGCGCCCGCUGCACCAAUGUACGCCUUGCGCGUGGGGUAGCCCUCGUUCUCUCCCUCCCUCCGCUUCUCUCGUCUCCAGUCGCCUGCUCUCUCGUCCACGUGGCUCAUCCUCCCCCACCCCUUCCUCCCCUCCGCACAGCUCCCGACACCCUCCCCUUCGUCGGCGAGCUUCCCUCUGCCCUUCCGCGCGACUCCGCCUCUCUUUGCGCCGUCGAGCCCCCGCGCGCGUCUCUGCGGGGCGCAGCCGUCCCCGUGGGCGCGCAGGUGCAGGCGGAGGUGUUUUCGUGGGGCAACGGCGCGAACUACCAGCUGGGGACGGGCUCCACGCGCAUUCAGCGCACCCCCGCGCGCAUCGACGGCCUCGCCACCGCCACCGCCACCGCCACCGCCAGCCCGGGCGAUGCUGCUGCGAGUGUGAGCGACGGGGACGAAGGGGCCAGUGCCGCGUCCGGAGCCGCGGCAACCCCGCCACCUGCAUCUGCGGCAGCAGGCCCGGCGGCGGCAGUGGUGGCGGUGGCGGCGGGUCGGUUCCACAGCGCGGCGGUGACGGCGCGCGGCGAGCUGUUCACGUGGGGCUUCGGACGGGGCGGUCGCCUGGGCCACCCCGACUUCGACGUGCACAGUGGGCAGGUGGCGGUGAUUCUCCCGCGGCGCGUGACAGCGGGUCUGGGUGGGCGCGCAGUGCGCGUGGUGGCGGCGGCGAAGCACCACAUGCUGGCCGCCACGCACAGCGGGGAGCUCUUCUCCUGGGGCUCCAACCGCGAGGGGCGGCUGGGGUACCCGGCAGUGGACUCGCAGGCCACGCCUCGCCGUGUGGCGGCGCUGCGGCAGCGAGUGGUGGCGGUGGCGGCGGGCAACAAGCACAGCGCGGCGCUCACGGGGGGAGGGGAGGUGUUCACGUGGGGGUGCAACACGCACGGGCAGCUGGGGUACGGCACGAGCAACAGCACGUCCAGCUGCACGCCGCGCAUCGUGGACCACCUCAAGGGCCGCGCCAUCGCUGCUGUGGCCGCCGCCAAGAGGCACACCGUCGUGCUCACCGCCGAUGGGGAGGCGUACACGUGGGGGCACCGCCUGGUGACGCCGCGGCGAGUGAAGGUGGAGAGGGAUGUGCGCAAAGGGGGCGGCACGGCUGCUGGUGGCGGGGGCGGGGUGAUUCGGUUCCACCAGCAGGCGCGGGUGCAGCUGACAGCGGUGGCAGCGGGCGCCAUGCACAGCACAGUGCUGUCACAGGAUGGGCUCGUCUUCUACUGGCGCUCGCACGACCCGCUCCUCAAGUGCCACCAGGUGAGGGCUCUCCCUGCCCAGCCCCAUGCCCACCCCCUGCCUGCCCCUGCCACUUUAUUCUCUGCACGCACUUCCUUCCGUGCCCUCGCCAUCCCCAACCCUCCCCGUUUGCACCCGCCGCAGCUGCUGGCGCUAGCGGAGCAGCAAGCGGUGGCGGUGGCAGCAGGCAAGUGGCGCACGGCCGUGGUGACGGCGGGCGGCAGUGUGUACGUGUGGGACGCCUCCCAGACAGACACGCCCCUGCCUGCGCCUGCUGCCGCCGUUGCCGGAGGAGGCGCGGGGGGGGUGAGAGUAGGAGAGGGAGGAGGCGGAGACUCAGGCGCCUACAGCACAGCGGGCGCAGAGGCAGGAGGUGGAGCGGUGCCCCCCCUGGUGCAGCGCGUGCCUGGCAUCUGCCAGGCGGCCGCUGUGGCCGUGGGCGACCUACACUCCCUCGCCGUCGCGCACGUGCUGCUGCCGCCCCUCCCUCGCCCCUCCCCACCCCACGCCGCCCCACCUGCGGCAGUGCCUUGGGCGGCUGGGGAUGCAGGGGUGGAGGGUGGGAGGGUAGCCGAGCGAGAAGGUGGGGCGAAGGGGAGGGCUGUGGGUGAGGAGGACAGGGGGGACGUGGAGGAGGAUGAUGAGGAGGGGCGCGAGGAGGGGGGAGUGCAUGAGCUGGGGGGGCGAAUGAGGCGGCGAGGCUGGGCGGGUGGAGUGGGGGGGCCAGGGGAGGUGGAGGAAACGGUGGUUGAAAGUAUGGGAGCUAGUGCAGCAGUAGCAGGGGCAGAAGGUGGAGGGGCAGGGUGGGGUGGGGAGGUGGGCGAGGGGCAGGGGUGGGUGGCGCCAUUGAAGCAGCUGUGUGAGGCGGUGAUAGCAGCGCACGUGGUGGACGUGCGCAACGUGCUGCCCGUGCUUGCUCUCGCCGAUGCCGUGCAAGCAGACCUCCUCACACCCUACUGUCAGCACCUGGCACUGGCGAACCUGGCGUUCAUAGCCACAGUGGCUCCCCAGCAGCUCGCCCUCUGCCCGCCCUACGUUCUCGCACACCUUGAAGCCGCCUCCCGCACCCGUUCCUCCUCCUCCGCCUCCUCCUCUGCCCCCCCCGCUCCGCCGCUGCUUCCUCUCUCGCGUGCUCUGCCCACGGCCACGGCGCCCAACGAGCCUGUGCUGGGUGAUGACGAGGAGGAGGAGGGCUACGAGGGGGCGGGCAUGGAGCAGCAACAAGGGAUGCACGAGUAUGGGCAGCAUCAACCACAACUGGCCUACCAAGACCACCUGCACCCCCACCCCUUCAACUCCACGCCCCAUGCCACUGCCCACGCGCACAGCACCACAUGGCAUGCCACCCCCUCCCCUGACCUGGCCUCGGCCCUCCACAUGGCGCGCCAUACCGGCCUCUCCCUCUCUGCCUACCCCUUGGCCUCGCUCAUCCCCUCAGGCCUUGACGCAGAUGUGGGAAUCACGACCAGGUUCGGCGCUGGCUCAGGCGUGGACGCAGCUGGCGAGGCUGAGGUGGCGCGGCAGGUGAGGGCAGUGCGGAAGAAGCUGCAGCAGGUGGAGAUGCUGGAGGGGCGGCGGAGGGCGGGCGAGGCGCUGGAUGUGCAGCAGAGGGCCAAGGUGGCGGGCAAGGCGCAGCUGGACAAGGUGCUUGCCGUGCUGGAGGGCGGUGGGCCUGCUGCUGCUGCUCUUGCUGCCGCGCGUGCUGCUUCGGCUGCUGCUGGUAGUGGUGGUGCUGCGAGUGCGGGUGGUGGAAGUGGUGUGGGGGGGAGUGGCAGUGAGGCCGUGCACGAUGAUGGCCUUGCUCACCCUGCUGCCACGCACAGCAAUGCUGCUGACGCUGCUGCAGCAGGGAAGGGCAAGAGUGGGAAAAAAGGAGGGCAGGGAUUUUCUAGCAGGCAGUCAGAGGCCAAGGAGAAAGAGAAGGCACCCUGUGCAACAUCGGCCUCGCCUGGCUCCUCCAAACCUGUUGCCAUACCUGACAGCAUGCAUUCUGCACCAGGGGGCUCAGCCACAGUAGGUGCUGUUGUGCCCGCUGGUGGGGCGCUCUUUGCGCCAGCAUCAAGUGAAUCCCCUGAACAACGCUGCCAGUCACCAGCACUGCCAGGCACUUCUGCUCACACCACUGCUGCUGCCAGCACGAGCAGUGGUGGCAGUGGGAAGAAGGGGGCGAGGAAGAAGGGGCGAAAGGGUGGGCUGUCUCUGUUUCUGGCUGGUGACCUGGAGCGUGCCGCCACCACCUCGCCCACACCUGCCACGCCUGCUGCUGCACGUGGGGCAGCGGGGCCCUCUCCCUCCCUGUCGCCCGCCAAGCCUGCAUGGGGCAUCCCCCGCCACCCAUUGCCUCCUGCAGAAACCGAUGCUCCUCCUGUGCCUGCUGCGGCCUCGCCUGCGCGCUCGCUGCGUGACAUUCAGAGUGAGCAGCAACAGCACCACCUCCACUGCCAGCCGCACACUCAGCCACAGCAGCGGCAGGGCAGGCAGGCAGCGCUGCACACGGCACGUGCGUCCAUUUCCCGCCCGCUUGGCCACAGCACCUCUGCGGCUCCCGGCUCUGGCAGUGGCAGCAGCGGUGGCAGCUCCAUGGCCAGCACAGAUGCACUGAGUGCAGUGGGCAGCAGCGCCACCACAGGCAGCAGCACGCGGCGCGGGCAGCAGGGGCAGCACGGCAGUGCAUCUGGGUUGCUGGGGUUCGUGUCCGUGGCUGCUCCUCACAGCGCAUCUCCUGGGCAAGCUGUGCACGAGCGAGUGGCCGGAGGCGCGGCACAGGGGGCAGGGGGGUGGAGAGGCGGCGAGGGAGAUGGAGUGGCAGCGGGGAUUAGAGUGUCUCUGGGGGAGCUUCUCAAGGCGUCCACCCAACGCAAGGCCCACCACACGGAUGCUGGUGGGGGCGUGGGCAAGGCAAGGGCAGCACCGGUGGCACCGUGGGCCAAGGAGCGUGGUGGAGAGGGUGCGGUGGGACACGAGCCCGUGGCACGCAGCCAGGGGAUAAGCAUAGGCACGGGGUUGGGCAGGGGUGGGCGGGUGGGGCAAGGAGGAGGGGGUGCACGUCAGCCUGUUUCACUGCUGGAGAUUCAGCAGCAACAGCUGGUGGCUUUUCUAUUCCAAUGCAUGUAUGCCCUUCCCAAUUCCAUUGUGCCUGUUGUGCCUGUCGCCCGCCACCAGGAGCUGUCACGCCGUCGCUCGCAGCACUGCGGCUCAUGGGGCAGCCCCACCACGGCCCUGCUCUCCGCAUCACCAUCCCAUGCUGCCACACCGGCAGCGGCACUGGCACCACAACGGCCUGCUGCCUCUGCGCCUGUCGCAUGCUCCCCGUCCUCCCCAGCUCCCACGCCCUCACCCACCCGUUUCUCAGCAGCCUCUUCUGCUGCCGUACCCGCCACUCCCCAUGGCUCAUCUGCGCGCACGCGUGCCUCUGGCAGUGGUGGAAGCAUGUCUGCUGCUGCUGCUCUUGCCACCACCACUACAGGUGGCGGGUUUGCCCCUGCUGCAGUGGAGGCGGAGAGCCGGUGGUACAAGGGGGUGGAGGAGGGGGUAAGGGCAUCGUCGCUGCGCAGCAUUCAGAUAGAGGAGCAGGCCAUGAGGGAGCUCAAGAGCUUUGGCUUUGCCAGUGUGCGAGUGGUGAGGGAUGGUUGA